AUGGACGAACGUCAGGAUAAUAUAAUACGAUGCUGGUUGGAAGAUAUGGAGGUUAGAUAUGGAGGCUGGUUGGAAGAUAUUGCGCCGAGUGAUACAGAAGAUAAUGAAGAGGAAUGUAUUACAGAGCUAAACCAUGACUCAGAAACAGAGCAAGAAUAUGAAAGUAGCAUAGAAGAGACGGAAGAAAGGAGCACAGAAGAGAGGGUAGAUGAAGACAUGGAAGAAAAUGUGGAGAAUAGUUUUUCAAGCGACGACAACGUUCCUCUGUGUACUUUCUCAAACUACUACCAGUCAAGAAAUGGCAAUCGUUGGAACAAAACACCACCACCGUCAUCAAGAACUAGAUCGCACAAUAUUUUAGUACAACAAUGUGGACCAAAAGGUAACGCUAAAAACGCCCAGUCUCCACUGUCUUGUUUCGAGCUAUUUUUUGACGAGGCACUUUUGAGACAAUAUUGUUCAAUCAAAAUAUAA